AUGAACACUCAGAACCCCGAGAUGCAAAAAACUGACAUAGUUUGGAGAACUGAUGGAGAAUGGAAAACGCGUUACUCGAAAUUAUACUCAUCGCGCCGUCUGUCACAACCGAUGGAAGACCAAUCUCGGCGAAUUUCAUUCAUGGGACAAGAGCCAGCACCGAACAGAACUCUGCUGAUGAGGAUACAUACACGAAGAAACAGCUCAUUAUAUGGUGAGACUCUCCCCGGAGUUGGCAGUACUUCAGAUAUUAAUACCCUGCUGUCGCAACGGAGCGAAAGUUACUUUAGUUAUCCGAACACAUUGAAUAUGUCGAGUGCUGAGAGAAAUGACAGCCCAAAAGAUACUGACACCCUACUACUAGAAAUGGUUCGAGCCAAGAGUCGUGAAAUGGAGGAAGCUCAAGACAAAACCUUGGCACUGCAACAAGAUGAUGUCUCCGAAGACCAGUCGAGCGAAGCCUGUGUACACGGUCUAAGUAUGAGAAUGACGGACCGUAGCAUAUCUCGCCGAAGCAUGUCACGUAUCUCACGGGUGUCAACGCGACGGGACAUGGACAUUCCUUCUAUCUUAGCUUUUACAGCAACGGUUGCACCUGCACCGGCGCCCCUUGGAAUACCCGCGUUUCAAAAAGUAAAUUCUGCAUUGGAUCAAUCAGUUCCUAAAUUUUCAAUACGCCGAUCAAUUUGUCCCGUUUGCUCACAAAAGUGGAGAGAUAAAAGUUCCAUAUCUAAUAUCAAGUAUUCUGGCUUAAAAAGAAAUUCAUCGGCUGAAUUGCCAACAGUGAUGGCGCCUGCAAGAUUACGAUCAGCUAUCACAAGGGAAUACACUCCGCGUCCAAUUUUAGCAGCGGUUGAUGAAAAUAAAUAUGUCGGUUGUAUGCGCAACUCUAGUGCUUCGUGGCUGCUGACUAGAGCUCGUCGUUUCCGAACCCCUAAACUUCAAAUGCCGUCUCCUGAAGCAGCUGCACCUCCUAUCUCCACCGCACCAAUGGCCAUAAAAGAUUUAGACACUCGUGUUAACCGAUUUCUGACGGAUGAAGGAAUGAAUAAAUAUCUAAUUAAUGCCGGUUAUGUGUAUCCAAAAUAG